CCUGGACUACAGCUCGGAGCCCGGAUGCGCCGCCAUGCCGACUCUAUCCGCGAAUGGAAUAAUUUAUUCACCAACCUGCCCGACACUGGGCGACUAAGAAGUCUACAAGACCGUUUGGAAGACAGAGGGAGCCUUUUGAACCGCGGACAGACGAGCACGCGUUAACUUGCGCGUUCUCGCCCCCGUUUGUGUUGAUGUGGACGCUCGCGUGCUAAGCUACGCUAACACGUUAGCUCGACUCGAGAGCGAGCGAGUGCGCGCGGUAGUGACAGUCCGGCCGGAGGCGGGGAGAACUGAGAGGUGAGACUGUUACUUUGAUGGUGACUACACUGUUGACUGCGUAGAGGUGGCCAUCUGCUAGAUAGUAUCGCUGAAUGUGACUCUUUUUCGGGGGAGUCGUGCAGCAGCGUAUCGAGAUCCAAAAAUAAAAAAAUCCAUUCCAUGUCUGCAUCAGUCCUGAAAACCAAAAGAGAUGUCUGUUGACGAGGAUACUGUAAAAACUGGCAGUCCACAUGCCAGCUCAACUUCAUCCCUGCAGCUCUCAGAAUGCACUGGAGGCUACAGCAAUGUAUCCGUGAUGGUGGAGGGUACCGCAGCCACCCCGGAUUUUGCAGCCGCCUGUCCGGUCUCGGGCACAGAAGCCUCACCGAAACACAGCGGCACGACUGGCGUGCUCACCAACUCGGACGAUGCCGGACAGGGAGCCAGAGGGAACGAGAACAACAUCAAUCGCAGGAACAGCUUUCAUCAUUCCAAACAACCGCAACAAACGAAGCUAACGAAGCGCCGCAACACGGCCAACUCUAGUUUCAAGCAUCCGACAUCUGGCAAGAGGAGACGAAGGGCCAACUCCGAGAGUGACUCCGUUCUGCCGACCAACUUCCUCCUGGGUGGGAACAUUUUUGACCCGCUCAAUCUCAACAGCCUGCUGGACGAGGAGGUCAACAGGGCUCUUAAUGCAGAGACGCCCAAAUCCUCCCCGCUGCCAGCAAAGAGCCGAGACCCGGUGGAGAUCCUCAUCCCCAGAGACAUCACGGAUCCGCUGAACCUUAACAGCGCAGACGGUAGCUUCAUGGUGUCCCCCUUCAAGAGUGGUGGUCGGAAGAGACACCGCAACAGACACCAUGGAGGAGGAGGAGGGAGUGGGGCUGGUGGUGGUAGUGGGAUUUCAACCGCACAGGUAAGCCUCUCGGAAUCAGGAAAAAGUGAGGUUAAAACUAGCACCUCCAUGCCACUUCUGGGUAUUUUAGCCUCAUGUUCUGCACUAGAUGUCUCCAAAGAGUCCAGCAGUUUCUCCAGCGUCGCAGAGGAUUCCCAUGAGCACUCGGCCGACAACUCAGCCAGCUGCAAGGAGGAGAUGACAUCUGUAUCUAUAGAGGAUUCCACUUCCUCCAUAUCAGGGGCAACAAACCAGCACACAAGCAGACGCAAGCGUAGGCGCAACUCCGGUAAAAUGGAGACCCCGGUGACCCAUUCUACGCCCAUUGGAAGGUCAGGAUGUGGAGACAGGAGUUUCGGUACAGGGGGGUCGAGAAAUUCUCAGUCCUUCCACACACCACGGAGUGGUACCAAAACCGUGCCAGGAGGUCGCCAGCAGUCCCACAACCAGGCGAAGGAGCAGCAGAAGAAGAAGUUUCAGUAUGGGAACUACAACAAGUAUUAUGGCUACCGCAACCCCGGCGCCAGUGAGGAUGCGCGGGUACGUGUGCUUCGUCCAGAAUGGUUUGAGGGUAAAGAUGUUCUGGAUUUGGGGUGCAACUCGGGCCACCUAACACUCUAUGUUGCCAAAAUGCUAAGACCUGCCCGCAUACUGGGCCUGGAUAUUGACAGUGGUCUGGUACACGCUGCUCGUAAGAACAUCAGACACUAUCUGUCUGAACUGCAGACCCAAGAGGCCAGGCAUGCAAUGCAGGAGAAAAAGAGCACCAAGCCGGGGGAGAGAAAUGGAGACGAGAGUCACGCAGACAAGAAGCACAAUGACGCCGAGAGCAGGGAAGAAAACGGGAAACCGGUGAAAGGAGAAAGUGGCCCCGCAGAGGCCGGAAAUGACAAUGGCUCCUGCCGCACGGACGAGGUAGGGACCCAGAGGCCGGUCGGCAAACCGGAGGAAAUGGAGCAGGAAGACUGCGAUUCGCCUCCCGCUGAUCACUCUGUGAGCUGCUCUUUCCCCGUGUCCCUACGGAUCUCCAGGGGUCCCAUCGCUGCACCCCCACUAACGGAAACAUCCACCACACGGCCCGGAGAGUUCCCCUCAAAUGUGUCCUUCGUCAAGGCCAAUUAUGUUCUGGAGAACGAUAAUCUUCUGGUGACUCAGCGGCCAGAGUACGACGUGAUCAUGUGCCUGAGCGUUACCAAGUGGGUUCACCUGAAUUGGGGAGACUGUGGCCUCAAGCGGCUCUUCAAGAGAGUCUACCGACACCUCCGUCCUGGAGGCAUGUUCAUCCUGGAGCCACAGCCCUGGGAGUCCUACGUGAGGAGGAAGAAGCUGACGGAUAAUAUUGGGAGGAAUUUUCACAGCAUCCGCCUCAGACCUGAGCAGUUUGCAUCGUACCUCACAACAGAGGUGGGCUUCACCAGUUCUGAGUACCUUGGGGCCCCCAAGUGUUCAAUUAGAGGAUUUCAGAGGCCAAUCUACUUGUUUCACAAAUGACCGCUCCUGCCUUGAAGAUCAUUGAAUGUGAGUAGCCCGAGCCACCAACACACACACAAGCAAAGCCAGCCGCCCUGGACCGCAAGGAACCACCCAAGUCCUUCACGGUAGCGCCAGCUUUUCGGAUGCCGACUAUGAAAUUCAGAAAGGACAAUGGGGACCAAAAUUUGGAAUUAAUUUCGUAAAUGAUGAGAUCUGCCGAGAAGAGGAGCCUAUCAGAAUCCUCUGCGACUACAAAUUCUUAAACGGUGUGGAGUGAACUGGGAUAGGACUCCACUAAGUGUAACCUGGAGCCAAACAUUACAGCUCGGCCCGACUGGAAGAGGUGCUCAUCCGAUCAUUUCCUUGGACUAGCCGAGUGCUAACGAUGCACGGCCAUAACAUGUGUUUGCAAAAUCUUUGGCCAUAUAUCUUUUACUUUUAUAACUUUGUUCUGUGCCACCACAUCACCAUACGUUAUACGUAUUAGGGUUGGCCGAUAGGGCGUCCACCAUCACCACUUUAUCAGGUGAUUGAUGGUGUGUUCACUACAUCAGCUCCAUAUGACCAACUGUGUGUUGCAACUGAAUUACAAAGCCAUUAAAGAGACUGACAUGGUGUCUCUAGAAGGCCACACUAGAGUGCAGGUUAUGUGUUCUGUAGGACACUCUGCAGGAUCCAAAAGCUGCUGUAGAUGCCAUAUAAAUGUGCUCUUAGUGGUUAAAUAUCUGCAUCAUGUUUGAAGCCUUAAAUCCCGUCGCAACACACGUAUAAAUGCACAUAUCUUUGUGAAUUUAAAACAAACAAAUUCCAUUGGGCAUAGAUUCAUUCUGUGGCUAGUAGCUGAUGUAUUUGUCCCAUCUUCCAACCCUAAUAUAUAGUUUGUUUUGUCAUUUUUGCAAAAUAGGUCGUAGAGCGGAAUUAACGUUAAGCUGUCACAGAGCUGUGAAAAUGUUUUUCAUUUUGUCCUUUUCAAAAAAAAAAAAAAAAAGUCCUAAAUUGCACAAACUUAAGAUGCUAUGAAGUGAAACGUGGCUCAUCUAAAGUGUUGCACUCAAAACAGCCAAAACAUCCAGGGAAAUAGUGACUGCUAACCCAAAUGUGCAGCCAAGGUUUGUCUGUUUGUUCCCUUAAAAGUGUCAUGAUGAGUCAUCAAAUAUUAAAUUCUGUCAUUAAAAAUGGUGAAACGUGAAAUUGUGUAGUUGUAGCAGGCCUACUACCACUAUGAAAGAUACUUGGUGUUGUAUCUGAAACCUGACAUCAUCAGCUAAACCUUAAAUCCCUAAGUGCAAGUUCAGAAUCAUAUUCAUGAAAGAGUUUUGGCUGUUUUGAACGCGUGACAUCACUUCAUGGGCUCUUUAGGCCUUUUCGAUGCUUCGUACUAAUGACGGGGGGGCAUAUUUGAGCUGCGCUGACACCCGGGUGUCGGCUUAGCUCCAGAUAAUUCCGAACAGAGACCGCAGUGACUCGUUUGAGGUAAAUCUGAAGCAUGCAGUGAUUUAUUUUUUUAAUGACAUUGAAGUCAUAGCCCUACCUUUUUAUAUGUCACUGACAAUGUCAACAAUAACAGAGAGCAGAGGCCUGUCAUUAACGAUGUAUUACAGUCUCUUUAAUGCUGUGUAAGUCACGAGGUCAUCACUAUAAUUUAACCAGCAUUAGAAUCGCUUUCUAGCUCCAGAGUUGGACUGAACUUCUGUCAGGCUCAACAUUUUUUUUAUACAUUUGUAGACAAUUGUUUGUUACUAAAAGUAAUGAAUUAUAUCCUUAAGAUUUUUACCAAAUUGAAAUGCUGUUUGUAGUGACUGCCCAAAUAUUUUAUGGGUCUUCUGUUCUUGAAUUUGACCAAAUAUGCCGUCUUAGUCUUUGGCCUAACGAGGCCCGUUGUGUGUUUUACUGGUGUGCACUGAGCGCUGCUCAUCUCCAACGUUUCAUUGAGAGUGAACAUCUUCCGUUUUAUUGUGACGAGUGGAGGAGACGGUGGAAAAAGAUAGGUUUCUAUUUUAGUAAGUGAUCAAUGUAAAUAAGUUUGCAAAGAUUUGUUUUACUGUUGUUAAUAUUGAGUUCAUAACUGCUUUUGUUAUUUUCCAGUGGAUGUUGUUUGUUUUUUUUUGAUUUUUUUUUUUUCUCAAAUGUUCGCUGCCAAUUCGUGAGUGAGUCUGAGUUUUUGUCCUAAAACGCACCGCUAAUCCAGCUCUGUAACAACAAAUGGAAAUGUACAUUGCAAAGUUCUGAUACGUUUGCUUUGUUCUGUCCUGGCAGGCACAUGGAUUGUUAGAUUGGCUCUUUAUUUUUUUAUAAACGGUUUGAAAGGAGUGUUGUUGUCGAUGCACUCUUAUUUCACCUCGUCUGACACGUUAAAGAGAUUUGAUUACUUUCUCCGUUAAACUUGUUUCUUCCAUACGCUGUGGAGCCUCAGUAAACCCAUCAGACACACGGCACAAAAUCACAUCAUCUUCUUUUAGCUAAGACAAUCGGAUCCUCAGGCUUAGAUCGGCCCGAUGCUGUAAUUGUGAGGGCAGUUUGCAUAAUUGACAAAAGCUUUCCUUAUUGAGUAUUUUAAAAUAGUUAAUAGCUAGUUUGUGCUUAGCCACCGAUGUGAAAGAUUCCACCUCACUGUCUCAGCAGCAGUAUCUUCAGAUUUUAACACAAGAAAGUUUGUAAAAUACAUAAAAACCCUUGUUUCAACAUGGUUUAAUACAGUUGAGAAAUGUCUUCUAGUCGUGUACAACAGUUUUGGGCAAUAUUUGCUCUUCUGUAAUUCUGCCCUUAAAGCAUUCCAUUUCAUGAAUUACAACAUUUGGUUAUCUGGCUUUUUGCUGAGAGAAAAAGCUUUUCUGGGUUUUAUUAAACAAUCAUAUGCAGAUAAUUUAAUAAUUCUGCAACAGACCUAUGGAUGCCAGAGACGAUAAACUUCACAUUCAACACUAUGCUAUGCUGCUUAAGUUGAAUCACUCAAUCGCUAAUCCCAGAGACUUUAGCAGAGAUAUGUUCCGUGAUAGCUCAUCUUUAAAACCUGCAGAUACAACUAGACGGGCACAAACAGGGAUUUAUGGGCUACUCUUUCAAUGUAUUUUUGUACCAUUUGUACAGAUCUAUUGUGUGGUUCUGUAAUGCAGCAUUUUGGAUCCUUCCACAUCUUCAAAAGCCCCUCUGAUGAGCAACACGUGGCUGAGUUCUACCCGUAGAUGAUCUUAUUGAGGCGAUCGUCACAUCGUCUGUAAAGAGGUUACUGACCUACUUUGAAGGAAGCGGUGAGUUUAAAAGUAAAUCCAUCCUCUUCAUCUGCAAACAGGUCAGGUUGAUUGAGACUUUUUCUCGUAUGUGGGAAGGGCAACCGUGUGAUCUAUUACUGUACGUGUUCUGCUCCUGUAUAAAGGGAAUUGUUAUAUCAUGCAGUUUAUAAUUCCCUAUAAAAGUCUAUGUGAUCAUCAGACCUACAGUCCAAAGUCUGGUUGGAUCAAGGUGUGAACACAUGACAAAGCCUGUACAUUAUAAUACAAGCCAAUACAACAGCAUCCCAAUGAUUGCGUUUAUUGCGGGGCUAUUGUUGUGGAUUGCAAAGUACUGAACAGAUGUUGUUGUUGUGCGGCACAAUGGCAUCAGGAAGUAUUCAUCCGUCUUCAUUCCUGUGGUUAGAAAUGCUCAAUUGAAAAUGUAUUAUUGUGCCAAGAGCGACCGCACACAAUCGUUAUUCAUUUACAGACAUGACUCAUGCUCAUGAACGCUGUGACGCUGUAAAUUGACUUGUUUCCUUAUUAUUAUAUGCAAAUUUCAGAGCAAAAACCAAAUGAAGUGUAAAAGAAACGAGCUCAGGCGAUUGCAGCGAGAAACAGACUUGAGGAGGUGUAGAAAAAUUUGCUGUACGUUGAGGUGACAGAAGACCGAAAGGUGAACUCUAACAGCUUCAGAUCCUUUACCAGGGAGCCUACCAGGACAACCGUCUGCAGCGCUCCAUCAGUCAGGCCUUUAUGGUUAUAAAAGUACAACACUCAUGACAUUGGAAGACUUGUGAGACUGGUCAACAGAAAGGUCAUUUUAGAACAUAUUCUCUGGAGUGCUCUGUACUGAAGAUUCACCAUUUAUCUCAACAGUGACCACAAUCACACAGCCCAGUGGUUUCAGGACAAGUCUGGAUUCCUCAGAUGUUUGUCUCUUUGUCUUUAUAGUUGAGGAACUGGAAGUUGUAAACAGGUUUUUUUUAUGGUCAGGCUGUAAACUUACACUGCUCCGACUGGUGAGGUGGAGAUCAUUUUAUUUUUAGCUAACUCUUAAUGCCAAAGCAGAAGAUAUACUUAAAAAACUUGUACAUGAUAUGAAUAAAUGCUCAAAUGGUAUUUAUAUACUAAAAUGUAUAUACAGUAUGUAUAAGUUAAAGAACAUCAUUGAUGCUUUUACACAUUUCUUUAUUAUGCCAUGUGUUUAAUGAUUUAUGAUUACAUCCUUCUAUGGUAUUAUGAGUAACAUUCAGUUUGCCUAACACAUAAUAAUAACUAUUUGUACAGCACAUUGUAUGCAGAGAUGCAGCCCAAAAGGCUUAACAAAACAGCAGAGCAACAAUAUAACAUUACAACAAAACAUAAACAAUGAUACCAUUAAAGUUAACCCAAAUGUAAAGGCCAAAUUAGAACAGGUAUGUUAACUUUUGCAGUCAAGACACCAUUGUUAUAGUCAAGUGUCGGAUCUGUGAUUUUCUCUUAAGAAUUUCCCAUUAAAGUUACCAUUUUAUUUUGAUAAGACUUGAGGGACUGCACCCCUCAGCAGGACUUACUUGCGCUGCAUUAGAAUAUGUCGAUGUGAAUCCUCAACUUCAAAAGUGCCCACAGCACCUUCAAACCCUUGUUCCUCUGCAGUGAUACAGUUCUACACGGCUACAGUUUAAAAAUACAACCAUCCUGUGAUAACUUUCUCAUUUAAGCUGUUGGCUUUGUUGAAGACAGACAGCCUCAUGUAAACAGGUUCGUGGCGGGUUACCCCCUUUGUAGUUUGGUCACGCUGCGCUGUCUGAAUAGCACAAAGAUUCCACUCGGAUGACAAUGCCGGGCACAAUACAGCGGCUCGUGUUUACAAAUAGCAUCCAUGCCUUUAACACCUACUAGUCCGGGCCAGCCAUCAACCAUCUUCAGACCCGAGCUUUGUUAGCUCUGCUACAUAUCAAAUUGAUAAUAAAAUGUUUGAAUGAUAUAGUUACUUGGUUACCACAUGUGAGUAUUUAUUGUGUCCUGUAAUGUUGUUCCUCAAACCAAGGUGAGUGUAUUCGUUUCCAGCUGGCUUGUCACUUCCUAGAAAAAAGUAAAUAAAACAAAACCAAAGUUCACUAAAGACCUUUGACCUUCCGAUCGGAGAUAGGCAGACAGCACGACAAUGAAGUUGCUUUGCAAUUGUGAAUGGUGGAUUGUCUGUUCCAGACAGAGUGGUGAGAUGACAUUAACACAGACAAAAGACAUAACACUUCAUUCACAAAAGCUCUGUUCCAUCAUAGCUAUUUGGGUCAGUCACUUGACCGUUAUUGUUGUCAUGUCUGUGCAGCGGUGUCCAGACGGUAAAGGGCUGCAGAGUUAGUGUUUACGCUGUUUGAGCUUUUUUUUAACAUGGAAAUUGAAAUAAUUACUUUGAAUCAUAUUUGAUGAAUUAAAGCUGCUGAUGAUUAUUAUCCUAACAGCAACAAACCAAAACAUCAGUCAAUUUAUUUUGCAUGCAUUUAUUGGCAACACUGCAUUUCAGAGAGUACAACUGACUGUUCACAAAGCAUUGAUGUUAUUAAAUGUGAGAUACAGGGUCAGUCACACUCAGUUUCAGGCAACAAUAAGAGCUCAAUGAGCAACAGGAUUACAGCUGCAGCUCUAUUCUAACUAGAUCUAACUAAAUAAAGUCCACUUCAAAAGCACUCAUUGUCAGAUUCCACUGCAUGCAUGCAUGAAGUCCAAGAAAGACAUCGUUCAAAGUAAAGUGGUCAAAAUGGUUCAUCCAGAAGAAUGGGUUCGGUUACCAGGAUUUCAGCUGCCGGCUGUACUGAAGAUGUCCGGCCCCAUGCUGGUGCAUGCAGGUGCUAAGAGCGCACAGCACAGCACCUGAAAAUGAGCACAGUAC